AUGUUUCCUAUCGCAUAUCGCGAAGAGCCUUCCACCGACACCUCAAUCGGUAAUCGAGUUCGGGGAGUGCAGUCUCAGCACCUUCCAGUUGAAAUAUCGCAAGAGCAUGGAGGCAAUGGCAAGCCUGAUGGAACUUUCGUUGCCCCGAAAUGUGCCUUGCUUUUCGAUAAUCUUAGGAAUGCAACUUGGAGAGUCUUCGGCGCCCCUCUGUAUACAUUUGACAUGCGGGCUAUGGACAUCGAGGCUGUGGAGACAGGUGUGAUUUAUGAUGUGCUACGAUCCCGCCUUGCACUCAUAGAUAUGCUUCAAGACUAUGAAAAGGCUACGAAAGAAGCAAAGUCAAAGGGAAUGGCGGAACAAGAGUCUCAAAUCUUUGCUUCCCGAAAAGUCAUGAUGAAGAUUGGAAAAAAUACGAAUGUCGGCGAGAAAUAUGUCGAUGACUUUAUUCAAAGCUUCGAUUCUCGAAUGAAAGCCGCAAGGCGACUAAAAUGUUUGCUUGAUAUUAUUGGUGCCCCGGAAGUCUUUCUUGUCUCAUUUGACGAAGAAAUUAUUGAUGAUCUGGGAGACAUACCGAUUCCUGAAUUCUUUGCAUUGAGCGACGAGGAAUGGGCCUCCUUACUUUCUCGUCUCCGAGACCCAAAACUUCAGCUCAAGGAAACAUGUCUCAAGCUUAGCGGAGUCGUAAACAUGAUACGGAAACUGGUUGGGCUGGAUAGCUGUGAGCUUAGGUCAUUUUUAGCCUCGGAAAUACAGCGAAGGGCCAAGGAAGUGCUUGGUUCUAGCAAUGACAGUGAGGCUGAAGAUGAUGACUACAGUAUGCCGGAUAUUGAGUGA